UCAAUAUAUUAUUACUACCUACCUACCUACCUAGUCAGUUGUGAAGCCCACGACUCCUUCUAAUAUUAGUCUUUUUUGCCUAUGAUGCCACGCAUAGGAUCGAGCGUAUAUUUAUAAUUUUUAAAAACGAAAUCUCUCCUAAUGUUCGAAUCUAAUGACUCCAGUUCGAAAACCAUUGGCCGUAGUGGCCAGGUCCGGGACAUUCCCUCCCGCCCUCCGUCCAGUAGCUCCUCGACCCGCUCCGAUGGCACAAUAGAGUCCAUCCGGCCGGCAGCCCGCCCUAAUACCGAUAACGGGGAGCUCGACCGGUGCUCGACCCACCAUUCUCUCGGCCCGGACAUGCCUGUCGAACCGAUAAACUCGGUGGUUGAGGUCCCUGAUGAGGUAUACGACCGGCUACCACCGCACCGAAAACUAAUCAUCGUGUUCCUGUUAUCGUUCUGCUCGUUCCUGGCGCCUAUAUCUAGUACGUCGGUGUUGGCAGCCACGCCCGAAGUAGCGGCCGAGUAUGGCACAACAGGGUCCAUUAUCAACAUGAUCAAUGCCCUGUACAUGUUGUUUAUGGGCUUGUCGCCUAUUUUCUGGGGGCCGCUAAGCCAGGUCUAUGGCAGGAAAAUAAUCACUAUCACAACGGCUAUAGGAUUUCUUGGGUGUAGCAUUGGUACGGCAUUGGCGCCGAACCUAGGCGCCUUCUUCGUGUUCCGUCUCCUGACGGCAUUUGAAGGCACCUCCUUCAUCUUAGUCGGCGCAUCUGUCAUUGGUGAUAUGUACCGCCCGACAGAACGCGCAACGGCUCUAGGUUGGUUUCUUACUGGAACACUGGUAGGGCCGGCCCUGGGACCCUUCAUAGGUGGCAUCAUCGUCACGUUCACUUCGUGGCGUGUGAUAUUCUGGCUCCAGACAGGACUGGCGGGCAUCGCAGCCGUCGGAGCAUACUUCCUACUUCCCGAGACCAUAUAUCACAAAAAGAUCGACGACCUAGUAGGCUACAGCGGUUCGGCGAAGAUCAAAGUCUUGCUCACUAUGAUCAACCCGUGGCGUGUUAUUCGGUUAUGGGAGUAUCCGAAUCUAUUUCUCACCGGUAUAGCUAGUGCCUCUCUGGUUUGGAAUAUGUAUUCUCUACUUACGCCCAUCCGGUACGUAUUGAACCCAAGGUACAACCUUACGACGCCGAUGCAGGGCGGCCUGUUCUAUCUCGCGCCCGGCUGCGGCUAUCUCCUCGGCACGUUCAUCGGAGGGCGGUAUGCGGAUUACGUCGUGAAGAAGUACAUUAAGAAACGAGGCAUGCGCAUUCCAGAAGACCGCAUGUAUUCGGCUUUACCAUUUAUGGGUAUCGUUAUCCCCGGUUGCGUGCUGAUCUACGGCUGGAGCGUGGAGAAAGACGUCGGCGGAAUCCCCUUGACGGUGGUAGUGUUAUUCUUGCAAGGCGUGGCACAACUUUUUUGUUUUCCCAGUUUAAACACAUACUGCUUAGACGUGAUGCCGGGACGCGGAGCGGAGGUGACAGCAGGUAACUAUGCGAUUCGCUAUCUAUUUGGCUGUGCCGGUAUGGCAGUAGUUCUCCCCGCUAUCGAAGGCAUUGGAGUUGGCUGGUUCUCGACCAUCAGCGCGUUGUUCGUCUUCAUGGGCACCGUCUGCGCGUACGUGUCUAUCAAAUGGGGCAACGAGUGGAGGCUAAGUGUAGACGCCAGGAGGAGGAGAAGGGCUGCAGAGAAGAUACCAGAUGAGAAUAAUGGCAGUAUGCAGAAAAAGGCCGGGAAGGCCAUGGGUGGUCCGGCUACUGGUGCCCGUCAAAAACCGCUGACGACGCUCGGGGCGGAGCAGAACAAAGAAGAGGUAUAACGCAAAGGCGUGCUCUUCUCAGCAUGAGUAUACGUAGGCAUAGCAACGAAGUUACGAAAAUAGAGUUUACCAAGAAUACGCAUAAGAAUCAGAUGGCGCGUAUUAUUUCUCAUUCGGGCCAGUGGAGGAUGAUCUCCUUACGUUAUAAGCAACCUACGAUUCCCAAUCAUUUCCGCCGCUCCAAUAGUAUGUAGGUAGGUAGGUGGAUAUCCAAUAUUCUUCCCAUUUAGGUUAUUAUGGCGAGAUGCUUAUGUCUCGCGGGUUUGCCGGAUCCCUACAUAAUCUGGGGACACCAUCCAACAACCACGGCGGGAUUGCUAUAGGUUUCUAAUAGCCCUCGGAAACCUAUUGGGUUAUCUUGUGACCUCCUUUCUAACUGUUAUACACAGAUAUAUCAAAUAUUAUUGCAAAGUUCUACAGACCAAUAAGCCAUAAUAGGGUAGCAGUAGCAAUUCGUUGCAAUCGCACAACCGGCUGCACUGUUGACGUAUGUAGUGC